AUGGCUUCAAGUUCAACUGCUAAUGGGAGCCCUUUGGCUAAUCAAUCUGCUGCUGCUGCUGAGAAUUCAGUGAAGAGUAUUGCCCCAGUAGUUGCAUCAACUCAGGGAGAAAGUUCAAAACCAUCAUUGGUCAAGGGACCUACUUCAGCUUAUAUUGGAGUGAACAAGGCCAGAGGCAAAGAUCAUGUGUAUACCUCCUUUGCCUAUGUCAAAACGAGAGGUCGCUCAGGUAGAUAUGCUGAUGAAGAGGAGGCUGCAAGGGUUCAUGACAUUGUCACUCUAAAGUGCUCCGGAGCAAGAGCAAAAUUGAAUUUCCCGGCAAGUCAUUACCAGGACAUAAUGAGAAUGAUGAGAGACAUGGAUGAUGAGGAGGUGCUCGCUCAUGUUAGAAGGUCUGGCAGCCGAUUUGCAAGGGCAGACUCCAAUUAUCGUGGAGUCACUAGGUACUUUCAAACCGGCGGGUGGUUCUCUGGAUACCAUUCCUUGGUGCAUCAGGAUCGGAUGCCGCUCUUCAGAUACUCGCAGACUGUGAUGCACCUCCUAUCUGCACAUCCGAAUUCCCAAGCUCACAAUGCGUUUGAUUCCAGUGCACAACACGUGUUUUCGCAUUCCAGCUCCAGCCCCUUCAAGCCCUACGUCAAAAACUGA